UCAUAAAGAGCGAGCCCAUAUCAACAUCUUCUUCGAGUCAUCUUCUCUGCUACCGCCACUGAUUCAGAUUCAGAGGAAAUGGUGGAUUCUUGAAUCUUCAGUCUUCUUUCAGCCCUAAGCACAUGCUUUAGGGCUCUCAAACUACCACUAUCACUGAAAAAAGAAUUAUUAUUAUUAUUAUUAUUUAUUUUUUUGCUUGAAUCAAAUUCGGAAAAAGAAAAAAGAAAAAAAAGAAAUGGGUGGACAUAAGAGAAAACGAGGUCGAAAACCUAAAAGUCCAGCUAUAGAUACCAACACCAUGGAUUUUCAGCACACAAACUCCAAUGCUAACGCUAACCCCACCGUCGUCGUAGUCACCAGCCCAGCCCCUACCAUCGGGCACGACGUCGUUUCUGUUCCUACCACAGGAACCGCCGACGUAGGUGGUAGUUCCCAAUCUUCUCGCCGCGGUCGAGGCCGACCAAGAAAGACGGACAGCCAAACGGAAACGGAAGCACAGCGGCCCAAGAACAUAGCGACUUCACCGAAGCGCAAGAGCUCGAGAAUCAUCGACCAAAACGGAGACUCGGCCCACCACCACGCCUUGGCUCUGGUCGCUGAACCGCCAAUGACUGCGCCGAACUGGGAGAGCGUCGUGAGAAUGGUUCCAUCUAUGGACGCGGUGGUGAAGGUGUUCUGCGUGCAUUCGGAGCCGAAUUUCUCUUUGCCAUGGCAGAGGAAGAGGCAGUACAGCUCGAGUAGCAGUGGGUUUAUCAUUGGGGGCAGAAGGGUUUUGACCAAUGCUCAUUCCGUAGAGCACCAUACCCAGGUUAAGCUCAAGAAACGUGGGUCCGAUAUCAAGUAUUUGGCCACUGUGCUAGCAAUUGGUACUGAGUGCGAUAUUGCCAUGCUGACGGUGAGUAAUGAUGAGUUUUGGGAAGGAGUGUCGCCUGUGGAGUUUGGAGAUUUGCCUGCACUUCAAGAUGCAGUCACUGUUGUGGGCUACCCAAUUGGGGGUGACACAAUCUCUGUGACAAGUGGUGUUGUUUCACGCAUGGAGACUCUAUCGUAUGUUCAUGGAUCAACUGAGCUUCUAGGACUGCAGAUAGAUGCCGCAAUAAAUUCUGGGAACUCUGGUGGCCCUGCUUUCAGCGAUAAGGGAAGAUGUGUUGGUAUUGCAUUUCAGUCUCUUAAACAUGAAGAUGUGGAGAAUAUAGGGUAUGUCAUACCAACACCAGUCAUUAUGCACUUUAUUCAAGACUAUGAGAAGAAUGGAGCAUAUACAGGCUUCCCAGUUCUUGGGGUUGAGUGGCAGAAGAUGGAAAAUCCCGAUCUGCGCCUGUCAAUGGGGAUGGGACCCGAUAAGAAGGGUGUUCGUAUUAGAAGAGUUGAACCUACAGCUCCAGAGUAUCAUGCUUUGAGACCAUCUGAUGUUAUUCUUAGCUUUGAUGGUGUUAACAUUGCCAAUGAUGGAACAGUUCCAUUCAGGCAUGGAGAGCGAAUAGGUUUCAGUUAUUUGGUCUCUCAAAAAUACACUGGUGAUACUGCUCUGGUAAAAGUUCUUCGUAGUUCAGAGAUACUUGAAUACAAUGUGAAGCUUGCGACUCACAAGCGGCUCAUCCCAGCACACAUCAAGGGCAAACCUCCUUCUUAUUACAUUAUUGCUGGAUUUGUUUUUACUACUGUAUCCGUUCCAUAUCUGCGUUCUGAGUAUGGGAAGGAAUAUGAAUUUGAUGCUCCAGUCAAAUUGUUAGACAAGCAUCUACAUGCAAUGGCACAGUCCAUAGAUGAACAGCUUGUUGUUGUUUCUCAGGUUCUUGUAGCUGACAUUAAUAUUGGAUAUGAGGACAUUGUUAAUACCCAGGUUCUUGCUUUCAACGGUAAGCCUGUGAAGAACCUGAAGAGCUUGGCCAGCAUGGUGGAGAGCUGUGACAAAGAAUAUCUGAAGUUUGAUCUAGAAUAUGAACAGAUAGUUGUGCUUAAGACGAAGGCCGCGAGAGAAGCAACUCUGGAUAUUCUUGCGACACAUUGCAUACCAUCUGCUAUGUCUGAGGAUCUUAAAACAUCAUAGAUCUUAAAACAUGAUUGAUGAAGUAGAGAAGAUUACUCCUUUGAUAGCUAUCCUAGAAAAUGAUCUUUCCAUAUGCUGCCCUAUCUGAAUGUAAUUUUACACUACAUUAGCCUUGAUAGAGUCAAGGCUGGCUGUUCAUUCGUUAUUUUUUGUAGCAUUUAAUCAUCAGAUGAAUUUAGCCGAAGGUGGGUUUGCAUUGCCUUUUUGUGACAGAUGAUAUUCAUGUAACAGGGGUGAAAGAUCUUUUCUUAUUA